AUGGACACUGAAACCCAGCACCCCCAAGACCAUGACUUGGGAACCCCCCAUUGGGCCGAGAUGGGAUUGUUCAACUCCCCACAUCAUCCUCUUGGGGACUUUCAUGGGUUUACAUUUGGCUCUUCGCCCAUUGUGCCCUUAGAACCCACUUAUAGCAUGUCGAUACCGCAGUCCUUCCCCCCCCAGCAACUCGGCCCUUUGACUAUGGCCCCGCAAUGGCCCAGCAUGUUGUCAACUCAACCAAAUUAUGCGCCGGUGCCUCUGGCACCGAUGCCGAUGCCGAUGCCGUCACAUCUACAAAACCUGCAUGCCACGCAUGUUUCAAGCUCACCGACGCCGCGGCGCACCUUAACGGAUGCAGACCGCCGCAGGAUGUGCAUGUACCACGAGGAGAAUCCACAUGUAAAGCAAACUGAGAUUGGAGCCAUGUUCGGCGUUGAGAGAAGCACCGUUUCGAAGGUAUUACGCCAGAAAGAAAAGUAUCUUUAUCCUGAUGAUGGUCGUCGGUCACCAAUCAAAAAGACUAAAGGCAAAUUCCCCGACAUCGAACGAGCCCUGUCUAAUUGGGCCCGAAAUCAUGUACGCCAUGGAGGAGAGCUGAGUGAUGCUAUGAUCAGGGAAAGGGCCCUUUUCUUCGCCAACAGUGUGGGAAGCCCUGAAGGCCAUCAAAAGCUCUUGAGCUCCAGCUGGCUGGAAAAGUUCAAGCGAAAGAACUACUUGCCGGGAUCAUUGUCACGAAAAGGCUCAUUGGAUGCGACAAAUACCUCAGAAAGCCCCGGUACCGCUAACUCCAUUGUCCACACCCCGAAUGACCAAUCAUCUGUGUCUCCUUCAGGCAUGUUAAGCCCGUCUCCUGUAUCCCCAAAGCAGGUAGCGAAUGAAUUCAGGAAAGAAAGUAUUGAUUGCAUCACCACUCGAAGCAACGAUGACUUCUCACAGACGUUUUCUCCGCUUACGUCGCCCCUGGGUACCAACACAUCAGUCACUGCUUUUACAUCGGAAAUUCCUUUCACACCGGAUCAGACAACACCAGGACACAAUCCUGUAAGGCAGAGGAGUCAAACACUGCCUAUUUUAGCCGCAGACCAGCCUUGUGUUUCCAGCGAAACAACGGAAGCUCCAUUAAUCCAGGGCCUAGAGCCUUCUGCUAUCGACGAUAAUGUCAACGCUGCGGAAGAAAAUCCAGCCGUGAGACGAAACCGCAGUCAGCCCCAAAUCAAAACGGAACUAUCCCAUUUCUCAAAAUCCAAUACCAUCUCUCCUAUUAGCUCCCCUGGUUCUCCAACACAGGACGAAGCCCGUCGAGCUCUGGAGCUAGUAAGGAAUUACUUCCAGAACCAGCCCUCUGGUAUUGGGGCACAGGAGUUUAUGACCAUCGGCAAACUUAUGGAGAAGCUGGAACUUGUCCAGAGUCAGGGUACAAAGCUGGAGCGUAUCGACGAACAUGCUGACUUCCCACGAAUGACGAAGAAGCGCAGUAUCCAUACGUUAUAA